AUGCAACAACAAAAAGUAAUACCUCAACCUCGGAAAUCUUUACAAAGACCAGAAAGCGUUAAAAGCUGGUUGAGGGAAUUAGCUGACACUUGCGAACCAGAAGCAAUGACGGCUCUGCAAAAUAAGGCUAUUCGUGGAAGUGCCAAUUUUAAGUCAAAUUUGAAAGCUGAAUCUGUCAAUAAAGAUGUUGAAAGUGUACUUAGUAAUGUGAAUGCUGUGAGGAGAAUAGCUGAGCAUGCUGCAGGAGUUUUGGAGGAACUGGAAAACGUACAAAGGUGCAUCAUUGGAAACAAGCCAGAACUCAGUGGCCCAUUAUUGCAAAGUGCUUUAGGAGGUGUGACAUCAUUUGUAAAAUCGAAUGUGGCAACACCAUCAAGUAAUGCACUUUUGAAACAAUGUGAUGCAGUCAAAGUCAGUGGAAAACCAACAGAUUUGGAGGACCUGGCUAGAAUUGCAACUGGUGUUCGGGCACAUGUUGAAGAACAAUGUUUAAAAUAUUUGGAGGUUCUAUCAGACACCUUAGAAGAACCUCCUUCAUCACAGUGCCUGUCGGCUGCUUUAUCAGGCCUCGGAGCCUUAUGUUCGGCUUAUGGCGGCGCCAUCGGGUACUCUGCUGUCAAAGCUGGUUUGAUCAGGGCUCUUUUAAUUGUUUGUGUCAACUCACAUACAUACACAUUAAGACAGAACACAAAUGGUGAGGAAAAUCAACUCACCGCACCUUCUAGUAGUCUUGGAAAAGCUUUGAGAGUUUUGGCGACUUUGUGUCAAACUGAACAAAGUAUCAGGCAGUUUUGUCAGGCUGGUGGUGUAUCGGUUCUCCAGGAUAUUUUAGAAGACAAGAGAUGUGCAGAACCAGAAAGAAGGGAAGCUUGUGCUGUGUUGACUCAGAUUACAGGACCAUGGGUCACCAAUGAGACUGAAAUCAAUAAAGACAAGAACAAUAAGCACCAGAAUUGGGAUUGGAGACAAGAGUUAAAUAAACAUAAGACGCAGCUUGUACGUGCUUUAACAGAUCUACUCUCUGAGACCAAGUGCUGCCAAACUCUUCUGCUGUGUGCUGCAGCAUUGGCAAAUGCAAGUCUUCCUCGUAUGUCAACUUUUAAUGACAAUACCCAAGUGAUGUCACCUAACAGCGUGGCUGUAACAGAAAGUUUAGCCUGGUGUGAAGCAGCUACAGAAUUGCUUAAAGCCGUUAAACGACGAGGACCAGGGUGCUCGGUAUUCUUACAGGAGCAGACAAGCUCUUUGCUCUGCAACUUGAGUGCAGUCCAAGAAUGCAGACGCAGACUCUGCCCAUCCUCCAAAAACCCAGCAAAUUCAAGUGAACCCAUAAUGGCUAUAUUUUCAUUCCUUAACACAUGCAGAAGAUUUAUAGCACCUGAAGAAUCCGCAUCUUUCAGGCGUGGUGUUAUGAGAGCAUCAGAGAGAAUGGACUAUUCCAGUUCCUUGCUCCAAAACAGUGUCCGUGCCAAGUCAGACCAAUCAAGAUCAAGCACAAAAUCCGAACGUCUACCAAGAACGCCUGACAAUUUUUUCACCAAUACCAGUUCCAAAACAAAUCUAGAACUAUCAUCAUUCAAAAGUCCGGAAUCACCCAAGUUCACACCAGCUGAAAAGGCAUCAGCAGAACGCAUGUUGAUAUCCACAACUUUAUGUUUGACCAGAUUUUGUAGAGAUCGAGAAGUUGCCAGGUUUUGCUUCAAAUUGGGAAGUCAGAGACAUCUUUUGUUGGCUGCAGAUUUGUUGAAGAUGCAGCAGCAGAAGAAUGUAAAAGAAGUUUUGGCUGUUUGUGAAGAAACCGCCAGAAUUAUUUCGGCUUAUGGCAAUAAUGAUACUUCUUUGGUCACGGUAAAUGAAAGUUAUGUUUGAAAAGG